AAGAGAGAUACUGUAUGCUACAUGUGUUUUUGUGGGAUUCUUGGACUGUAGACCAAAGGAUAGGUAAUGCGAAGCUCUCUGAAACUUAUGAAUUUCAAAAAGGAAUUUUACAAAACUUGUGUCUUACUUCAAUGAACAGUCAAGAUGGCUUAUCGGAAUUAUAACCCUCUGUCUUUCCCUAGGAUGUAUUUUUUCAUUGUAUAUUUUUACGUAUAUUUCCGUGUUUCAUUUGCAUUGACAUUUACGAAUGAACCUGCUAGCCAGGAUGUUAAUCAAGGUGGUCAAGCUAACUUCCAUUGCUCGGUGGAUGAUCCCGAUAGUGCCGAGAUAACGUGGACUUUAGAUGGUAACACAAUUUCAGACACAUCACGUCGUUAUGUUGACGGCGAAUAUUUAACAAUAAAGGAAGUACUACGUAAUGCUGAUGCGGGGUAUUUCGCCUGCGAAGCAAAGGACACAAAUACUGGCAAAGUUAUCAAGAGCGCUCCUGCAGUUCUAAACAUAAAAUGUUAUUACGAGUCUGGUAAUUUUGGACUCGAAUUUACUUUUGAAGAGCCGACUGUUCAUAACCACUUGAUCAAAUGAUGCUGUGGAAUGGUUCCCUCAAGUCUAAUGAAUUCCUUUUAAUAGAUAAACUUAAUUUGAAAUGUAAUUUUAUGUUUGUAUAGUAAUUUAAGGAUUUAGAGGCAUAGCAAAUUUAAAAUGACGCACACCACGUUUAUUACAAGCGACACAAGCUUAGUUUUGCACUUGUCAUCUGGAAAGAUCAGAAUGGAUGUUUAUUCUUCCAAUUAAUUUGCAUUGUUUAUUAUAAAGUGUGCAUGUAUUAACAGAAUAUUUCACACACCAAUGAAACCCUUUGUUUAUUUAUCAGGUGUUGCAUACAUAAUGAAUUUUAGCCUUAUGAAUUAGUGGUGUAGAACAUUUUAAGGGCCCUAAUAUUCAACCUUUUUAAGCUGGGGGCCAGUUCCGAUUUGUUGAGACCAGUGGCAGGCCGACAUAAAUUGUGUACUUCAAUUUUCUUAAAUAUAGCGGUGAAUUUGAAAUAGAAGGGGCCAGGGAGCAACUUUCAAAGAUAGGGGAAAAUACCACCUAAGCCCCCAUCAUGGUUGGGACUGAGACAAGAAAAUUUAUGAUUAUGGCACCUUUAGAAUAGAUAGUCGGAAAUGUCACUCUCAGACUUGAAUUUGAAUUUAAUUUUCUUUUCUUCUCUUUUCUUUCUUUAAUUUAAAAAAACAACAAAAAA